AGGAAACCGGCAGCGCGCGGAAGAGGAACGUCUGCAAAGGCUACGCGUUCGUCAAAAAUAAGCUAAGUUAGCAACGGUAAUAUGAGCUAGUAAGUGCUAUGGUCCGAUAUAAUAAUAAAACGACCACUCUACAGUAUCUUUCAAGUGGCUGUAUGGAAACCGCAAGGGCUAACUGUCAGUCAGCCAAUCGUUAUAAUUGGUAAACGUGGAUAAAGUUGGGUUUGCGAUCUAGCUUUGACAUUAUACAAUAGUUACUGCUAAAGCAUUACCGCAGCUAGCUAGUCAACGUUAACGCUAGCAAGCAAGCGUCCUGUAACAGUCUUACUUACCUUGUGGAAUAUAUACGUUGAAAAGGUGGAGAUAAUGCACCACGUCAAGAUCAAGACUGAAAGGCCAGAUUUGGAUGGGACUGGUGCACGCAGCAGAUUGGAUGCUGUGUUAAAGGGACUGGUUGAAAAGAGUGAAAAUGAAAGGGAGCAAAAUGAAGGUGACACUGGAAAAGUAUCAGCGGACUCUUUAAACAAGGAUUUGUCUCCAUCAUCUGCUGGAAAAAGGCAAGUACCCUCAGCUCGAUUUCCACAGCACCGCAGAAAGAAGCGAAAAGAAAUGGAUGAGGGCAUACCAGAGAGCAAUCAGCAUAAACAAAAUGCUUACAUUAUUAAGUUGUUUGAUCGCAGUGUGGAUCUGGCUCAGUUCAACACCAGCACCCCAUUGUAUCCUAUCUGCCGUGCCUGGAUGAGAAACAAUCCUUCUGUUCGAGAGCCAGCUGCUUCCCCAAGCCCCCCACACAGCAUGGUAGAGGAAGAGGUCACAGACAUGAUCAAUGGUAAAGGUCAGAAUGUGUACAGACUCCCUCCUCCAACCUCCUGUCCAAUCAACACCUCUGGUGAACCCAUCAAUCUCAGGAUCCCACAGACUGAAAAACCCAAUGUUACUAAGUUAACAGAUUCAGUUCCUGUAUCAGGUUCUCUCAUAUGCGACCACAUGGAACGUUGGAAAAAGAUAAGGCAAAAAUGGAAGGAGUGCUCCAACAAGAACCAAUUAAGAUACAGCGAGAGUAUCAAGAUUUUAAAGGAGAUGAAGGAGCUCUAUGAUCGCUAACUGGCCUCCUUUGUAGCUCUCCACCACAGAAUGGACUCUAUGCAGUUGGAACGGAGCCCUGGCAUAGGAAUCAAUGUCUGAAUAUACCUGCCAUCUAAACAACUGGACAAAUAGGAAAGUAUUAACUGAACCUGGAGCCUUAAAUAAACCACAUGUCCUAUGCAGUGCAGAAUUUUUUUUUUUUUUUUUUUUGAAAGAUGUUUAAGUUUGUUGCAAUUUCUUGUGUGGUAAUGUCUUCUAGUGUGAUGUUGGACUGUUUU